AGAUAACACUUCAAAUUAUUUUUAUUAUAAUUAUUAAUUAUAAAAUUAAAAUAUUUAAUUGAAAUAAAACUCUCAUUAAAACAAUUCUCCAAUCUUUAUUAUUUAAAAUGAUAUCUUAAAAAGCAUCUUAAGUUCCCAAUAUGGCAGAAAAUCCAAUUGAUCACAAAGAGGUAACGAACAGAAAUUUGGCAGAUGAAAAUCCUACAGCUGUUGAAAUGACAUGUACUCACUGCAAUUAAAUUCAAAGAACUGAUGUUAAACCUAAAGUAGGGUCAGGUACUUACAUAAUGUGUUUAAUUCUAUGUAUACCUGGAUGCUGCUGCCUUCCUUUUUUAAUGGAUAAAUGUAAAGACUAAGUACACUACUGCUCAAAUUGUUAAUCAUAGCUUGGAAAAUAUGAAUACAAGGCAUGUAAAUGA